UCAGAAAUCUGAGGCUGAGGGGAACGGAUCUUUUUAGUGAAAGAGUUUUUAUUCCUGUGAGUACCGAAUGCCGAUGAAAAGUGUAAUUGGUUAACUUUUUCUCAUUCUUAGCUUUUCCAACUGAAAUCCUAAAAUUAUUUUUGUUUGAGGUUGUCGCAGCGGCCUAGGCCGCAGGCCGAACGAAGCCGAAUUUUGCUGUGCCGGCGCUAUCGCUGUGAGUUUUCUUAAGAAUUCCCAAAGAAGUGCAACACGUGCACUUGUAUUACAUGCUCGUAUUUCUCCUCUUCCGUCGUCAUGUCUUCAUUUGCCGUAAUUAUCAUGUAUAUUAGUGCCACCGUGCCAGUGCUACACCUGUGAAUUUUUCAAACCUUCAAUUUAGCGCAGAAUGAUUCAUCUGCGGCAAUUCCAGGUGUUGUUGAGGGCCAGAUAAAAGGCAAACUUGGAAACCAUCUCAUCAAAAUGCCUGCUUUUCAGGAAGGGAGCAUUGAGCAUGUACAGGCUCAAAAAAUCAUUGUAAUUCAUCCAGGAUCGCUCUACGUUCGUAUUGGGCGAGCUUCAGAUCACAACCCCCACACAGUGCUUCAUGCAAUUGCACAGCGCAGGACAAUUGGUGGAGCAACGCAUGUAGACACAGUUUUACCUCCAGUUGUCUCUAGGGCGAAAGAUUCGCAUCAAGUAAUGGAGGAUUGCCGUUUGCAGUUAUCGCACACGUUACAAUCAAGUCUACAAUCAAACGGACAACGACGAUAUGCCACUCCUCCGCAACAAAUCGCUGCUUUCAACAGGAGGACGGAACCGCAAACAAUUAGCACUACUAUUGGAGCUUGGGUCAAACCAGAAUCAGACACUGUUAUAGGCGAUGAUGUUCUACUAUUAAACCCAGAUUUAGAUUACAACAUCCAUUUUCCGAUGCAGAGAGGCCAGCUAAAUCUCCACUCAGGAAUAGGAGGAUCUCUCACCUCAGUAUUAGCAAAUAUGGAGUCAAUAUGGACUUAUCUAAUUCGGAACAAGUUAGAUAUUUCUAUCAAAGAUCUGAAGCUCUACCGAGCAGUUCUUGUUAUCCCUGAUAUCUGUGACAGAACUCAUAUGCGAGAAUUGAUUUCUCUGCUGCUAAAUGGUAUGGGUUUUGGUGCUUGCUUCCUCGUUCAGGAUCAUGCUGCAGCAACUUUUGGGGCUGGUCUCGCGUACGCUUGCGUUGUCGACGUUGGCCAUGAGAAAACGUCAGUGAGCUGUGUUGAAGAUGGUUUAUCCCAAGCAAACACCCGAAUCCGAGUGAGUUAUGGUGGUGGGGACAUAACUCAGUCGCUGCACUGGCUCCUUCAGCGUGCAGCUUUUCCGUACACUACUGCCAAUCCAACCAUCUCUUACCAUGAUGCUGUACUGCUCCAGAAGUUAAAACAUGACCUUUGCCAUGUUAACAUGGACAUCUGCGGCUGUCAGGAAAAGAACUUUGCAGUCCGGCAGCCGGGUAAACCUGCCGUGCGCUACACUUUUCAGGUUGGCGAUGAGUGUCUCAUAGCACCAUUAGGACUAUUCCAACCUGAAUUAUUUGAUCUGACAGGCAAGAAAACUGUAACAACGCAAAAGAGGACACUCAGUGACCCUGAAGAUCCUUUUGAUGCAGAAUUCAUUCGAGAAACUAGUCGGCGUGGGACAAAAGAAAAUAUGGAGGAAGCUGGCGGUGAUACGACUGUUGUAACUGGCGGAGAGGAAGAGCUUGUUGUUGACGAGCCCAGUGGAGGUGGUGAAUUCAUUGUGGACUCGGGACAGUUACCUGGCCUAGACACUCUCAUUUUGGACAGCAUAGAACGCUGCGGCACUGAUGACCUUAAGAAGAAAAUGUACAGUUGUAUCUUAAUUGUUGGAGGAGGAAUGAAAUUUAGCAAUAUUGGAUCUUGGCUUCAAAACCAUCUCUCAUUGCAAAUACCAGCUCAACAUCGUCCAGAACAAAUUGAUGUGAUCACCGUCCCGAAAGAAGUGGACCCUGAAAUCGCUACCUGGAAAGGUGCCUCAGUCAUGUCGUUCCUGGAAUCUGCGCAAGAACUGUGGCUCACACCUGCAAUGUGGCGCAAGCACAGUAUCAAAAUUCUGAGGGAACGCGCUCCGUUUAUUUGGUGAUGUUGUCUCUUUUUAGUUUCGGAAUUCUUAAUUGAAUCAAAUUCAACGGGAAUGAAACCCAAGUUUUUUUUAUAGACACUGUAGGGUUUUUGAGCCCUAGUUUUUCAGGGAGCUGUUCAGUGUUUGGGCUAGGAAAUACUUUUGUAAAGAUAUCGGCAACGUUUUGAGACAAAGGUACAUAUUCAAAUCAAAUCCUACCUUUCCUCUCCUCUUCUUUGUCAAUAUGAUUAAAUAUAAACAUGCCUGGUCCUUUCAAACAGUAAAGGAUCCUUACUGAGUGAAAUAGCUUUCCGAUUGUCAGCAAAUACCACAUUUGGAUUUUGAAUGAAUUCGGAUCAGUCAAUCUCGGUUAAAAAAAAUUCCUAGCCACUUUAAGUCUGAUACAGUCACAGCCAUUUCUAUGUAUUCAGCCUCAGUGAUGAAGCGGAUAUUAUUUAUUUGCUUUCUAAUUUGCCAAGUUACUGCUUCUUGGACCAGCAAAGCUACAAAUCCACUUAGAGAUUUUUUGUCCUAGAUGCAAUUGACCAUAAAAUGCAUGAACUGGCUGACAGGACUUGUGAUAUCUUAGUUUUAAGUCUGUAGUGAAGUCCCUCUUAAGUACCUCAUCAUAUAUUUUUGCUACUUUUUUUUUUCUGGACGGAUUUUCAUUAUGUCCUCUCACUUCGCUCAGAGCAGAAGUGCAAUCGGGUCUAGUAUUAUUUUAUAGAUAAAACAAGCUGUCUGUUGCUCUUCUGUAGGAUGUCUGAGCAAUCAGCUCACUCUUAUUAUCGUUAUCAAAUCCACCAUUAUUGAUGGUGCUGUACAAGGAUUACGUUUGUCCAUGCCACAAUCUUCUAAGAUUUUAUUUGCAUUCAAACUUUUACUUAAAGUAAUGGAGUAAUGGUAUCUUACUCUAUUCAAAACGAUAACAUGUGCUUUGAUACCUCUAAAUCUCAGAUCAAACAAAUUGGCUUUUGCAUGACUGUUUUUGAUGCAAAGUUAAGGAACAACUUAAUUUAUUGAUCGAAUCUUACUGAAAACUAUAAAAUUUUCAUGGAUUUGCAAUUGGUGGAGAUACCCGAGAGCAUCAAUGGAAUGCAGGGAUGUUUUAUAUUAGAUGGAAAGAUGACAUUUUACAACCAUUAGCUACUUGGUUGCCUACCUUAUUCUCGAGCUCUGAUUAUUCCGCCAAUAUUUGAGGCUAAUCUGAGUUGACACUGGAUGAUCAUAAAUGCGAUAAUGACCACAAAAAGCUGUAACAGAGAACCAUGACAUAACAGUAGAACUUAUUAGGAUGAAAGUACUGACAAUAUUUUCAUCUGAGGCAGGUUGAGAGUGAUAGUGAAACUAUGGUCUUCUAUGCAACUGAAGUUAAAGUCUUGAACACAAUUUCACCUCAGGGGUUGUUAAAUUCAACAUAGGCGCCCUUAGGUACCCAAAACUUUAGGAUCAGUUUUUCAUGAAUAUUAUGAGUAAAGAAUAAGUAAGUUUAUGAAGUUAUUGAAACAAGGAUUCGUAACACAAAGAUUAUCCAAAAAGGUUCUGUGCUGGAGGACGGUUUGGAUAGUGUUUAUUCAUGAAUGCUUUUUGGAGCAUGGUCAAUCUUAAAUUUUAACAAAAUGAAAGAAUGUUACAUAGCAACAAAAACUACAGCAAAUGAAAUAGAAAAGUGUCACAGUGCUUGAUGAACUUAGCUAAGUAGGAAGCAAAAGGAUAACUGCAGGACGUCUAGAGAUAUAAUCACAACUCAUUAUACAGAGAUGUGCAAGUUUACAAUGAAAGUAACAUCACAAUAAAUGCAUCACAGUAAAUUAAUUUCCAAGUACAUGGUACACAAAAUAUUGUCUCCUUUCUACGAAGUUACAGCAGCAGUAGCUAAUUUUAGUAGAAAUACCAUGCAAAAUUGUUGAAGCAUCCUCUAUU